AUGGAAUUUGAGAAGGCAAAAGUUGUUGUAGGCGGUGAUUCUGGCGUUGGUAAAACAGCCCUAGUUCAUUUAAUAUGCAAUCAACAACCUCUUCUACAUCCAUCUUAUACAAUUGGUUGUAGUGUGGAUAUUAAAGUUCAUUUGUGUAAAUCAGACCCAACAAAAGAACGUCCAUAUUUUAUUGAAUUAUGGGAUAUUGGCGGGUCAAAUGGACAUGCUAAUACACGAUCAAUAUUUUAUCAAAAUUUACACGGAUUAAUAUUAGUCUAUGAUUGUACAAAUAGUAAAUCACAAGCAAAUUUAAGAAAAUGGUUAUGUGAUAUAUUGGGAAAACAUAGUAUGAAAAAAUCAGAAUCAGUAGAUUUGGGAGGAGUCAGUGGAGCAGGACCAACAACAACAACAACCACAACAACAGCAGCUGGAGGGAGUGGUAGUGCCGGCGUCGGCGGUGGUACCGCUUUCUUAGGCAAUAGUAAUGGUGUAAAAGUCAACCUGACUACCAGUCAAAUGGCAAGUUUACUGCCUAUUCGUAGCACAGAGAAUAACAUAGUCAAUCGUUUCUUUUCACCAAUUGAAUCGUUAACAAAUAAUAAUAAUAAUAAUAACAAUAAUAUCAAUGAUGUAAGAGAUCAAAUCUAUCCACCCGUGUUAGUAAUCGGUACAAAACUCGAUCUCCUUUGUCCGCGUAGUCUGAGAUCAUUGCGUAGAGUUACUUCACGUUUUGACGAAGCAUCCGCAUUGUCUUCGUAUAUGUUGUUGUCAUCAAGUCAUCAUCAUCAGCAGUAUCAUCGUGGUGACGCCGUGUCAUCUGAUAAUAACUACUGUUAUCCAAAUAUUAUGAUGACGCCUAGAUCGUGUAUCUCAUCUGUACAGUUUUUUGAAGAUACACCACAAUCGUCAGUAUCAUCAGCUUCGGUAGCUGCCGCCUCCUCAUGGAAUUCAACAUAUCAUCAACAUCAUCAACAGCAACUGACUACAGCAUCGAUGCCAUUGUCAAGCUUUCAACACCAGUCACAAAAUCAAAGUGUUUAUGUCGAUUUAAGUGAUAGUCGUUUAUCGUCAACUGUAUUAUCAAAUGAUUGUAAUAAUAAAGUAUGGAACUUUGCUGCGGAACAAGGUUUUUCAGAAAUUCUACUGAACUGUAAUUCAAUCGCCAGUGUAAGUCCUGGUAGUCCACAGGAGGCUGUGCUGGAUCGAUUUUUUAACGAAGUGAUCAACUAUAAAAUGUUGUCAAUGUCGAUGAAUUGUAAUUUAUCCUCACCAGAUCUAUCUCGAACGAGACGACGCCUAGUGGAUUCACGAAUUCCACUGUAUUUUCUUGUAUUUAUUAGUAGUAUAUAUAUCAUAUCACGUAGUUUACAAAACAGGGUUCCCGAGCUACGCUUUCUUUCUUUGUUGUCUUUCUUUCUCUACAAAUGGUCACAGUUGCCAAGCAUACUUCGUCAAUCUUCAUAAGGCAUUCCUUCUCCACCACCUCCCGCCACCCAUCGUCAUCAUCACCACCACUUCAAAACACAAUGGUGAUAUUUUUAGCCUGACCAAAUCGCGAAGAGACUAGUGGCGUGCAAAAGUACUUUCCAAUGAAUUCCAUCGUUUCACACUCCGAUUCAUAUAUAUAUAUAUAUAUAUAUUCAUACAAUUAUUGUCCUGAUGUAAAGUUUGUCCCUCUGUUUCUUACUUGUAUGUAUGUAUGUUUGUUUGUGUGUAUGCGUGUCUGUCUGUCUGUGUGUUGAUUUUAUGUGUUUGUGUAAAGAUAGAUGAGUUUCUUCGACUUCGUCUUCUACCUCUUCUAAUGUCUCUUUUUGAUUCAUCCUGUGAAAUGAUUUGUUAAUGAGUGAACUAGCCAGCCAGUCAGUCAACCAGCCGUCAACCAGUCGGUCGGUCGGUUACAGAACUCAACGGUUGACUAAAUUACUCUCAAUCAAUUCCAAGUGUUAUCUCAGUUUUUCUCUCUUGAGUGUUUGUGUUUGCGUUGGUUUUGUUGUUCUUGUUGGUGCUGCUGAGAUGCUCUGUAUCUUCUCUGGGUGUUUGAUUCUCAGUGAAUCCUACCCUUUUUGCGUUUUUGUAUUUUUGCUCAAGUUUAGAAGAGAGAAAUGCGUUUUUUUUAAAUAAAAGAAUCUAAGCACUGUAAAAAGGAUUUUUAUACUUUUAACUGAUUAAAAAUGCCUAUUAAGAUUGUUCUUUUUUCUCUCUCCCUUCGAUAACCUGCUCUUCUUCAUUAGGUUCUACAGUUUUAUACACACACAUAAUAGUCAAUGAAUGAAUGAAUUAGUGUUAUUAACAACAUUAAUGUCUGAAGGUGUUAGGUUGAAUCCGUGGUGGUGUCACUAGUUCGCGUAUUGAUGAGGAGUCCUGAAAAUGGACGAAACACCUGUCUAAUAUUCCGUACUGGUUUUCAAUCUGU